AUGAUUGUUUUAUUCGCACGCUAUUGGCAGUAUUACAGACGUCGUCGAAAAGAAGGUGAAGAACUAUCAUAUAGUGUAACGCGUUAUUGGCGUAAACAACUUGGAUCAUCAUCUUUUGACAGUUUAACACCACCUCCACAUACAAAGCAGUCAGACCAUUGCCAAGAUCAUCAAAAGGUAUCAUCUCAAUUUUCUCUCAUUAAAAAUAGUUUUUCAUGGCCCGAAUCGGCUGAUCAAGGAAUGUACGAUCGUAAAAAUAAUGGUAUUAGUACGUCACCAACAACCUUAUCCCUUUCAUCUUCAUCUUCAUCAUGCAAUGGCAUAACACCAACAAUAUCACCACCAUCUCUCACGUUCAGUUUACGUUAUGAUCCAUCGACUUCUAUAGUAUACGUACGAAUAAUAAGCGCACAAGAUAUAACAUCAUCAUGCAGAAAAAUCAAGUCAUCAACAAUAUUAAUGCUUGAUUCUUAUGUACGUGUCGAAUUAUUACCAGAAAGAAUUCAAAAAUUAAAAACACGUAUCAUUAAAAAGUCGGCACAACCAAUUUAUGAUGAAAUGCUUCAAUUCAAUAAUGUCAAAGGAGAUGAACAAAGUUUGUUAUUUACGGUAUCAAGUUAUGAUAGAUUUACAAGAGAUGAAGUUCUUGGUGAAGUAUUGUUUCCAUUAGACACUAAUAUAUUGAAUUCCGAGAUAAUGAAUAAUGAAAUAAUAUUUAGAAAAGAUAUUAUGCCAAGAUAUAAACAAUUAUCUGAACAAGAAUUAGGUGAAAUCCUGGUAUCAUUAUCUUAUCAGUCAUCGGAUAGUACAAUAACAGUCAUUGUUUUGAAAGCAACAAAUUUACCAAAGAUUGGUACAUCUCGAUUAAUAAAUCCUUAUUUUAAAAUAUACAUGCUAUAUAAAGAUCAACGUAUUGUAAAAAAACGAAGUAUUAUAAAACGCAGUACAUAUAAUCCAGUGUUUAAUGAAUGUUUUACAUUUUCUAUACCAUCAAAUGAUAUUAAAAAUAUCCGUUUUGAAUUAAUUGUAUUUGAUUUUGAUCGGCACAUGAAACAUGAGCCAAUUGGAAAAUGUGAUAUUGGUGGUGGACAGCGACAGUAUGAUGAAAAGAAACUAGUAAACGAAAAACAUUGGAAUGAUAUGUGUCAUCAAUCUGCAAAACAAAUAGCCAGUUGGUAUCGGUUAAAUCCAGUUUAUUAA